AUGGUUCAACUUUCGGCAAUCGCCGGCCAUGUGUUGAACUUCGAUGUUAUCUGUUAUCAAUCAGUUCAUCAGUUCAUCAGCUCAUCAGAUAUCAUGAGCUCUCAACCUGGGGUCAGAUUUCAUGACCCUCCGGUCACUGAAUACACCUCAAUGGAUGUGGAUGAGACCUCCCAGUCCCGGAUGUCCCUUGAUCCAUUAGAUGAUAUAUACCUUGGGCCGGAUGAUGAGUUAGACUCUGAUUCUGGGUCAUCCGGUGGUCUGGAUUCGUUAAAUGCGAUUCCCGGUAUGUUUCUCAAUUCAAAUGUACAUAUUCUACAUGUGCAAAUCCAUCACAUACUUCCAGAUCCAUCAUAUCCGGCCCUGGCAGAUGGACUGGCCCUGUAUGAUGACCCGGACUUAUAUCUUGGUCCGGAGGAUACCUUUAUUUCGUCUGAUGAUGCUCCGGCUGUACCCGAUUUUCCUAUGGCUGUGAAUGAAUCGACUCCCGAACCUCAUCCGGCCACUCCGGCUGUACCAGAGGCACCCAUACCUUCGAAUUCAGAAACUCCCGAACGUCAAUUGCCCGAGCCGGAACUCAACAAUGACGAACUGCGUGCCAUGGUUCAGGAGUUCAUGCCAAUCGGAUCUUAUGAUCAAGCUGAAAAUCGCCUGGGUGAUUACGAACAGAGUCAUGGAAAUCUUCCUGCCCCUACAGUAGCACAACUUCUUGAGGCUGACAGACAUUCAGGAUGGCAUGGGCGGAAACAUGCGACAAACUGCGGAAAGCAGAUGCUGACCUCCGGAGGAUGCAACGGGUAA